AUGCGUUUUACUCUGUACCUGCUCGCCUCCAUGGCUGGCCUCUCCCUAGCUGCCCCAGCAGCUGUCAAGCGUCAGAAUGACCUCGACCCGCUCGGCUUAGGGAGUGCGGUGGAAGAUGUCGUUAACCAGGUUACUGGUUUGGCCGGCUCGAUCAUCAAGCGAGAACCGAUUUUGGACGGACUUCCCCUUGUUGGCAGUCCUCUUCCUGAUACCGAAAAGCGAGACGAUCAGAAUUAG